GGACAAGAUUAAACGUUCGUCGUUUUCAUUUCCAGCAGCAACAGUUAGCGGUAGCAUGUGCUAACGACAAAAAACCAUAACAACAAAUAAUUUGUUGAUAAUGAAACAUUUUUAAUGGCUAUUUAAAUGUUUCAUAUUAAACUAUAAAUGCAUUCAGUGUUGGUGUUACGUAUACGGUGUGCAGUGUUAUUUUAAAUAUUAAAGUGAAAAGUUCUAAAUCGAUACAGUCAAUUUACCUUGCAACUGCCGGUGUCCAAAACAAAGAAAGCCCUCAAGAUACUAAUUUUUGGGCUAAUUUGAAUACCACAUUUUACUCGAUUGUAACGUCUUUGCUAACGUAAGCUUUGAGAACGCACGUAAAUUAAAAUGUCCACAUUUUAUUUGUUCUUCGUCAUCGCGUUCGUUACCAUUUCACAAUGUCCAUUAACAAUAGCUGAUCCUGUUGUCCACUUGGGUCAUGCGAAGAUAGUUGGCACAUAUAUGCCUGGAUAUAAAAUCAGCAGUUUUGAAGCGUUUUUGGGAAUCCCAUAUGCUAAGCCUCCAUUAGGUCGGCUUCGAUUUGCGAAUCCAGUUCCCGCCGAUCCUAUUAUUGGAGUGUUCAAUGCGACCACGGCUAGAGACGAUUGUAUACAGAAGAAUUAUUUGCUGAAGACACCUGUAAUACUGGGCGAUGAGGAUUGUUUGUAUUUGAAUGUUUACAGGCCAGUUGGGGCAAGUUCAGAGCAGCCACUUCCAGUCAUGGUGUAUAUUUACGGCGGAGGUUUCUUCUCUGGAACAGCUAAUCCCGGAAUUACAGGACCUGCAUAUUUUAUGGAUACCCAAAAAGUUAUUCUUGUAACUAUGGCAUAUCGACUGGGAGCUUUCGGUUUUCUUUCAACUGGCGAUGAAAGCAGUCCUGGCAACUAUGCUCUCAAGGAUCAGUCGAUGGCUCUACGUUGGAUUCAUGAAAAUAUCCUUAAAUUUGGUGGAGAUAAAGACUCGGUUACGAUUUUCGGUCAAAGUGCCGGUGGUGCGUCAGUCCAUAUGCAUAUGCUCAGCGAGCGGUCAAUAAAUUACUUCCAUCGUGCAAUUGUAAUGAGUGGAAAUGCCGCCGCUCCGUAUAAUGACUAUCUCAAAAAUCCUUUAGCGCAAGCCCGCUUGCAAGCUAAAUAUUUGGGAAUUCCAAGGUGGAAUAGGUUGACCUCAGUCCAACUUAUUGCUGCUCUGCGUCGCGUGAAUGCCAUUGAUAUAUUGGAGGCUGGAGAUAAAUUCAAGUAUUGGCAUGUAGAUCCCAUGACAGUAUUCCGGCCUGUUGUUGAAAAAAAUAUACCUGGAGCCUUUAUGACGAAGGACCCGAAGGAAGUUGUCAAAACUGGAGCCUUUCGACACAUUCCGUGGAUGAUCACAUCUGUUCCUUAUGAAGGAGCUGUCAGAACAUUAUCGAUUCUAUCGAAUAAAACUUUAGUGGAAGAUUUUAAUAAGAGUUUUGAUGAGCUCCUGAUCCGACUUAUGGAAAUUGAAUAUAAUUCUCCUAAACAGCGAAACUGGUACGUCCAAAAAUUAGUGGAUCAAUAUAUGAACGGAGUGCGAGUGCUAUCAGAGAAAACGGGUCAAGGGUUUGGAGAUAUGAUUACAGGACGAGCUUUUGUCCAGCCUAUGAACUUCACCAUUGAACAAUACAUGAAAUAUGCCGAUCUGGAUAAGAACCCACUCUAUUUAUUGAAAUUCAAUUAUCGAGGCGCAUACUCAUAUUCCUAUUUAUUCGCCGAAAAUUUCCAAAAUUACGGCGUUGUUCAUUGUGAUGAAUUAAUCUAUUUAUUCAGUUCGCCUUCUUUAGGAUUUAACAUAGACCAAGAAAGCACAGAUGCUAACGUUUCAGCGGCUCUUGUUGAUAAUUACGUUGCAUUUGCAAUCGAAGGCCGACCGCAACAUUCUGAAGCGAAACCUUGUAGUAACAAUCAAUCUGUUUGUGAAUAUCUGGAAUUCAAAAAUUCAGAGAAUUCAUCAGGAUUUGAAAUUACUACGUCGGAUGAGUAUGAUGAUAGCGAAACAACUUUCUGGAAUAAUCUCAUAUCUUAUUAAGUUAAGUGAGAAUUACAGAUACUUUAGUACGAAUUUCUUGAAAAGUAUUAUUUUUAUUAGAUUUAAAUUUAUAUAGAUUAAUAGUGUCUUGCCUACAAUUUAUUACUUAUUAUGUAAUAUCUUAAAUAAUAUCUAUAGAAUGGAUGUGCCGCUUUAUUGUUAAUGCCGACUUUGUUACAAAAAAGACUUGAAAUAGAAGUAAAUGUUCCACAUGCAAUGAAACUAA